CACAGGGUUUUCUUUUAUUCCUGCGAGGUCUAAACCAACCUAGUCCUCGCAGAGACAAGAAGAAAACCCUCCAAUACCGUUCUCGAGAACUCUUUUUUUCCUUUGUUUCAAACAAUGGAAGUACAUUCUUCUUCUGUUGUAACCAAAAGGUUAUGGAACGUGUUGAGGAUCACGUUCUUCAUGAUAAGGAAGGGAUUCGUUUCGAAGAGGAAGAUGAUGAUGGACAUGAAUCUGAUGAUGAAGAAAGGGAAACUCCUCAGAAAAUCUCUCGCAAAUUUCAUGUCAUUCCAUCACCAUCAUCAUCAUCAUAAGAACAUGAUGGCGCGUGUUGUUACGCAUGAUCACUAUGAAUUCUCAUGUAACAAUAGUCCAAACCCCGUGCCAAAGCGCAACAAGCACCAUUUCAAUUUUCCAUGUAUCCAUGCCCCUAAUGUUCUUGAAGAUCAUGAUUUUGAAGAAGGUAAUAGUAAUCAUAAUAGUAAUGCUGUGGUUUUGGUCCCUAAGACUCCAGAAUACGCAUUCAAUUUUAGGUUUGAUAAUAUCAACGGUUCUGAUUUCGCGCCGGGCGAGAGGAAAAGCCCUCUUCUUUCAUCGUCGCCGUUGAUCUCUACUGUGAGGAUAUCCAAUUACUCUGCUUUGGAGUAUGAUGAGAAUGAAGAAAUUGGAAAUGGUAGUGGUGGAGUUAUUGAUGAUGAAGCUGAGGAUUUCAUUAGAAGGUUCUAUGAACAGUUAAGAUCUCAAAGCCGCAUGCAGUUACUGCAUUACCAAGAUAAUAAUGUGUAAACAGAACAAUGUUAAUCAUCGAUUAUAGCUAGAUCUUGCUGAUGAGAAAUUGGUUACUGGGAAUAUAUGUUUGUCUAAAUUAUUAUGAAUUUUUGUUUUAUUUGUUAUGAAUUGUGAUG